CAAGUUUCCUUUCUCUCUCAACCUUUUAUUUCCUCUCCCUUCUCUCUUAAAUCACCGCAGGUUGAUAUUUGUGUUAGGGUGCCGCCGGCACCUAUGGUGACCGGCGGUAACCCACUUUCCUUUGUUUUCUGUUUUUCCUGUUUUCCAGUUCGUUUCUUGUAAUCUUUGCUUCCUUUUCUUUCUCUUGGAUUGAGUUGUUUCCUUUCCGUUUUUUUUUUCGAUUUCUCGUCUCUGCUUUCACUUCCCUUUUCGGGUUUCUUUGCUGCCUCUGUGGUCCGUUUCCUUCUUCUUGUGAAGAGGUCCUUUGCCCCCUUUUAUGGGUUGAAGAUUUUGUCCUCCGAUUUGGUUUCCAGAUGUGGAGAUGUUUUUCCGGUUCAAGAUACGAUGGAGGUUGGAUCUGAUAGAUCCGGCUUGUCUUCUCCUCUCCUCUCCUUUGGUCUACCUCCUUGUUUUGCCUUGCAGAUCUUGGCGAUUCGGAGAUGCAGCCAUUGGCGUGGAUCCGGUGGGGAGAGCUUGAGGACAGAUGUAUCCUAACCCUCUGUCUCCUCCGUCGAUCGUCCGGUCGCUGUGUUGGUUCUCUUGCGGUUUGACGGCGGGAGGUUAUGUGGCGUUCGGCUCGUGGUGGGUUGUUCGGAGGUCUUCUCCUCCUCUUCUCGCAUGUCGAGUUCGGUGGGUGUCGAUCUGUGCUUGGCUCAUGGUGGCGUUCCCCGUCGGGGGAGGUGCUUGGUUGGUGCAGGGAUGGUCACCGACCGCGGCGGCUGGAGGAUUCAGAGGGGGCUCGUGUGUUAGGGUUUGGGAAGGGGCCUUCAUGUUUUGGUCCUGGGCUCGGGCCCUAUUGGGUUCUGGGUUUGUCUUUGGGCCUGGUUGGUUGGUUCUUUCUUUUGUUCCUAUUGCAUUGUAGCUUGUACAUUUCCUUCAUGGGCUGAGCCCAGUCAUUAUCUAAUGAACUUACCUUCAAAAAAAAAAAAGCGCCUAUUGCAUUAAUGAAACAUUCCGAUAUUG